AUGGCUUCUUUGGACGGGCUGGGGGAUGACUGUGUGGUGCAGAGGGGCAGAUCUCAGAGUGACCCGAGCAGCACCGCGGAGAUCCGGCUGGCUGAGGCGCAUAGAGAAGCUCUGUGCAAGACUGGGAUUGAAGCGGCGGAUCAACAAAGGGAUGUGAUGGAGCAGCAGAGGUCACUGCACUCAGGGGUCCUUGUCUCAGGGGUUCGCACUCCUCCUGUCCGGCGCAAUAGUAAACUGGCCAGUCUGGGACGCAUCUUCAAGCCCUGGAAGUGGAGGAAAAAGAAGAACGAGAAGUUGAAGCCCGCUGCUGCUGCGGAGAAGAAAACCGCUCUUGGACAAAAAACCGAUGAUGUUUUGAAGCAAAGUCCCGAGGAGACACAGCCAGACUCAGAGCUUCACUGUGAUGAAAAUGGUGACGAUGGAGACACACCCACACAUUCGGAUGGAGAGGACCAGGAUGAGGAGCUGGUCGCCCCACUGGCCUGUACCAACGAUGAGCUGGGCAGUGAUCUAGAGGCCUCCACUGCAGAGGUGGCAGAGACCGACAGGACCGGGGCUGACCCUGGUCCCACUGAAGACGGGGAGGACUCGAUCAUGAGCGACGCCAGUGAAAAGCCACCGGUGGGAAAAGUAGAUGCAGCUGAAAUCAAACAGGAAGUGGUUGUGAUUCAACCCCAGCGAAGAGCCAGCACCCCUCCUCUUCCCUCUCUCCCUGUCAAACUGCUUCCCAGACUGGGCAGCCUCGAUGCUGCUCCAUCAAAGCCAAUAAAGAAAUCUCCAGCCACUUUGCCCAGAAACUUCACUCUACCCAAAGACCCUCAUGGAUCAUUAUUGAGAGGCCGAAUGUCUGCUCCCACCGGGUCUCCCCACUUGGGGGCGCUAAACCCUCAGCUUCCACCCAGCUGCAUCAUAGAGGAGCUGCACCGCGCACUGGCCUCCAAGCACCGACAGGACAGUUUCCAGACCAAAGAGGUCCGUUCUUCUCCUAAACGGCGACUCGAGGGCCGGCUGUCCCGUUCCUGCAGCACUGAGAAAGAGAACAGCAGCGACCAGAAAACCGAAAACAAAAAGGAAUGUGACGAGAAUAAGGAGAACUGGCGCUUGGACGAAUACUUGAACGAUCCGGACAGUUGGAACGACUCUGUGAUCUCUGGAACACUCCCACGCAGAAUGAGGAAAGAGCUUCUGGCCGUGAAACUCCGAAACCGACCCAGCAAACAGGAGCUGGAGGACCGCAACAUCUUCCCCAUCCGCAGUGACCUGGAGCGGCAGCAGAUCCGGCAGCAGAUCGAGAUGAAGCUGGCCAAGAGGCUGAGCCAGCGCCCGGGAGUGGAGGAGCUGGAGAGCCGAAACAUCCUCAAGCAGAGAAAUGACCAAAGUGAGCAGGAGGAAAGGAGAGAAAUCAAACAACGACUCAACAGAAAGUUGAACCAGCGGCCCACAGUAGAUGAGCUGCGAGACAGAAAGAUCCUCAUUCGUUUUAGUGACUACGUAGAAGUGGCCAAAGCUCAGGACUACGACAGGAAAGCAGACAAGCCCUGGACCAGACUGUCUGCUGCUGAUAAGGCAGCCAUUCGGAAGGAGCUGAAUGAGUUCAAGAGCAAUGAAAUGGAAGUCCAUUCUUCGAGCAAGCACCUGACGAGAUUCCAUCGGCCAUAG